CAUACUCCCCACCGUGUUGAACAGCAAUCACUCCUGCUUCCCCGGAAUGGAUUCGACCAAUGCUGAGGCGCUCGGCCUCCCAGUCAAUGCGCCGCCCUUUGCUGACGACCGACUUUUGGGAGAGCCAGCUAUGUUUCUGAUCUUCCAUACCGCCUCACUAUAUGGUACUGCUCGCGAUAGACUGGCCCGACUCGUCAAUUCUGGCGAUGCAUGUCCCCCCAAUUCGAGACUCGCACCUCUGGCUGAUUUCAGUGGCCGGUCAUUGCGCGCUGUAUACGACUACUUCCUCACUCUGCGCGAGCAAGAAGAUACUGUUCAACCAAUGUACUUUAUCGUGGCCGAUCGCGUCAAUUUUGAAGAAGAAGGCGUACUAGUUGUUUGUCUCGAUUGCAGUCAAGAAGGAAAUUACGACAUUGGUGUGGCGCGUUGUGAGACCGACAAGGCUCGGGUCUGGGGCUCGGAUUUGCAUUAUGGAUUUGCAACUUGGGAGGAACUGAAAGGGAUCACCAGUACUGAUGAACAGGACGACGACGACGUAGUAGACCCAGAGCAGAAGCAUGCCAAGGAUGCAGCAAAAUACGGAUGGGACGUACGCACAUAUUCCGUCCAAAGUAAGACCAUCUACGGCUGGUAUAGUCUGGUCGAGAAAGCUGUACCUAUCAACCGCAUGCUCGACCCUAUGUGGCUUGACAAAACCCCCGAGCAAUGCAGAUUCCAGAUGCUAGGCAACUACCACGCUUCGCAAGAUCCUUGGACAGAUAUUUGGAAAGAACAUCCCCAUCAGGCUGGGAACAGACCUCGAGUCCGUCGAUCAAUCGUACUUGUCGCUGAGAAGGAAGACGCCAACGAAGAAGAUGGCGUUGCAAUUGUCAGACUGAAAGCAGAUCGACCUCCAAAGGUAUUAGCGAGAGUAAGUGCGGGAAAGGCGAUUGUAGAGGCCGAUGCAUUGUCGUCUUAACUCCGGUUUCGCAUAUCCUGGACCAAAAAGUGAGGUACACUGACUUCAGAUCCGUCCUAAUACAGUUCGGUUCAGGCUUGCUGUCUUGUAAACGCAUCACUGAGCUCAGAAGAACUCGAGCCCUCUGAUACCUCUUGACAAACUAGACGGAAAUGAGUAGACGGAGCAAUGAGAUAUGCAAUAGAUAGUGUACUACACAUCUGCUAAAAUUUCGACACAAGAACGGGAAAGCGAGAUUUGAAAUG